AUGGCUCCAAUCUCAGAUGCAGACCUUAACAAUAACUCACAGCAAACUCGAGAGUAUCCUAAGAAUGGCGUUGACGUAAUCAUUGUCGGAACUGGAUUGGCUGGUCUAACAGCUGCUCUCGAAUGUCACCGCAAGGGAAUGAACGUUCGUGUCUUUGAGAAGAAUGACACAAUCAACACUGCAGGUGAUAUGUUCUUCAUGGGCCUCAGUUCUACCGUGAUUUUCAAGCACUGGCCAGAGAUGAAGAAGGAGUUUGACUCGAUUGGACUCCACGAUGCUUAUAUUGAGACAAGAAAGCACAGUGGUGAGGUUAUGGUGCCACCGAUGAGAGUCCGAGACAGAUUGGCCGCUCAAGGUUUGAACCCUUCAACACCACCAGGAACAUUCCAAAUGCGACCUCUCAUCUACAAGAUGUUUGUGAAGCAGGUGGAGAGAAUUGGAAUCAAGGUCCAGUUCGGUAAGAAUGUUGUAGACUACUAUGAGGAUGAGGAGACCGGCAAAGCUGGUAUCACCACCAAGGAUGGAGAGAAAUUCGAGGCCGACAUUGUCAUUGCUGCUGAUGGUGUUGGAUCGAAAUCUCAACGCGUUGUUGGAGGCCAAGUCCGUGCCAUCCAGAGUGGAAGAGCCAUGUGGAGAGCAGCGUUCCCAAUCGAGAACCUUGAUCAAGAUGAGGAGGUUAAGAAGACUUUCUGCAUGAUUGACGGUAGCAAGCCAAUUGUCAGAACAUUCCUUGCACCUGACGCAUACGCACUCUGUCUCACACGCCCAGAUCUCAUGAUUUGGAUCAUGAACCACAACACAACCGGUUCCGAAGAAGAAAAUUGGAACAACACCAUCGACAAAGAGGAAGUCCUCGAGCACAUGGAAAAGAUGUCCGGUCCUCAAUGGGCCCCUGUCUUCAAGAAACUCGUAGCAUGCACUCCCAAAGACACCAUCAUCAACUUCAACCUCCUUUGGCGAAACCCGCAACCAACAUGGACAUCGCCAAAAUCCCGCGUCAUCCAAAUCGGCGACGCGGCUCACUCCUUCUUGCCAGCGUCCGGAAACGGCGCCACCCAAGCUAUCGAGGACGCCAUCUCCCUCGCAACAUGUCUCCAGCUCGGCGGCAAGGACAACAUUCCACAGGCCGUCAACGCCCAUAUCCGAUUCCGCUUCGUGCGAACAGCAUGUGCCCAGAAGAUUGGAUUUUCUAACGCCGAGUUGCUGCAGGAGACGAAGUGGGAUCAGGUGAAGUUGGACCCAAAGAAGUCGGUUCCUAAGAUGCCAAAGUGGAUCUGGUCGCACGAUCCAGAGAUUUACGCGCAGGAGAAUUACGCCAAGUCAUUGGAGUCCAUGAAGAAGGGUAUUCCUCAUGAUGCUGAUGACAGUAUUCCACCGAACUACCCACCUGGGUAUAAGUUCGAGCCUUGGAGCAUUGAGCAGAUUAUCGAGGACAAGAAUAAUGGACGUGAGACUGACUUGGGUCCGGGUGAUUGGUCGUGA